AUGCCUUACCUCCAUCCGGCCCCAGGGCCCCAGGAGCACCCGACUCCCAAGGACGCCCGUAUCACUCAUUCCUCAGGCCAGAGCUUCGAGCAGCUAAGGCAGGAGAGCCUGCAGAAGGGCACCCUGUUUGAGGAUGCAGACUUCCCAGCCAACAGCUCCUCUCUCUUCUACAGUGAGAGGCCCCAGAUCCCCUUUGUGUGGAAACGGCCGGGGGAAAUAGUGGAAAACCCAGAAUUCAUCCUUGGAGGGGCCACCAGGACUGAUAUCUGCCAGGGGGAGCUUGGCGACUGCUGGCUGUUGGCUGCCAUUGCCUCCCUGACGCUGAAUGAGAAAGCGCUGGCCAGAGUGGUCCCCCAGGACCAAGGCUUCGGCCCCGGUUAUGCUGGGAUAUUCCAUUUCCAGUUCUGGCAGCACAGUGAGUGGCUGGACGUGGUGAUCGAUGACCGACUGCCCACCUUCAGGGACCGCUUGAUCUUCCUCCACUCCGCUGACCACAAUGAGUUCUGGAGUGCCUUGCUGGAAAAAGCAUAUGCCAAGCUGAACGGGAGCUACGAGGCUCUGAAGGGGGGCAAUGCCAUCGAGGCCAUGGAAGACUUCACGGGGGGUGUAGCAGAGACCUUCGAAACUAAAGAGGCUCCAGAGAACUUCUAUGAGAUUCUAGAGAAGGCCCUGAAGAGGAGCUCUCUGGUGGGCUGCUCCAUUGAUAUCAGAAAUGCUGCAGAAUCUGAAGCCCGGACGCCUUUCGGUCUCAUUAAGGGUCAUGCCUACACUGUGACGGGAAUUGACCAGGUAAACUGCCGAGGCCAGAAAAUCGAACUCAUCAGAGUCCGGAACCCUUGGGGUCACGUGGAGUGGAACGGGUCCUGGAGCGACAGUUCUUCUGAGUGGCAUUCCGUCAGCCCAGCUGAGCAAAGACGCCUGUGUCACACUGCCCUCGACGAUGGGGAAUUCUGGAUGGCGUUUAGGGACUUCAAGGCCCAUUUUGACAAAGUAGAGAUCUGCAACCUCACUCCGGAUGCCCUGGAGGAGGGUGCUCUCCACAAAUGGGAGGUGAUGGUCCAUCAAGGAAGCUGGGUGCGGGGCUCCACAGCUGGGGGCUGCCGCAAUUUCCUGGAUACCUUUUGGACCAAUCCACAAAUAAAACUGUCCCUGACUGAGACAGAUGAGGGACAGGAGGAUUGCACUUUCCUUGUAGCCCUGAUGCAGAAAGAUCGAAGGAAACUCAAGAGAUUUGGUGCCAACGUGCUGACCAUCGGCUAUGCCAUUUACAAGUGCCCUGGCAAAGACGAACACCUGAGCAAGGACUUCUUCAGAUACCACGCUUCCCAGGCCAGAAGCAAAACCUUCAUCAACCUGAGAGAAGUCUCCGACCGCUUCAAGCUGCCUCCUGGGGAAUACAUCCUGAUUCCCAGCACUUUUGAGCCCCAUCAGGAAGCCGAUUUCUGCCUGAGGAUCUUUUCCGAGAAGAAAGCCAUUACCCAGGACGUGGAUGGAAAUGUAGACAUUGAGCUUCCUGAGCCUCCAAAGCCGACGCUCCCUGGCCAAGAGACAGAGGAGGAACAGCAGUUCCGGGCCCUGUUUGAACAAGUGGCUGGUGAGGACAUGGAGGUGACAGCAGAGAAGCUUGAAUAUGUUUUAAAUGCUGUGCUGCAAAAGAGAAAGGACAUCAAAUUCAAGAAACUAAGCCUGAUUUCCUGUAAAAACAUCAUUUCUCUAAUGGACACCAGUGGCAACGGGAUGCUGGAGUUUAGUGCAUUCAAAGUGUUCUGGAACAAACUGAAGAAGUGGACGAACCUUUUCCUUCAGUUCGAUGCUGACAAAUCCGGCACCAUGUCCUCCUACGAGCUGCGGACCGCCCUGAGAGCCGCAGGCUUCCAGCUGAGCAGUCACCUCCUGCAGCUGAUCGUCCUCAGGUACGCGGACGAGGAGCUUCAACUGGGCUUUGACGACUUCCUCAACUGCAUGGUCCGGCUGGAGAACGCGAGCCGGGUGUUCCAGGCCCUCAGCACCAAGAACAAGGAGUUCAUUCAUCUCAACAUAAACGAGUUCAUCAUCUUGACAAUGAACAUUUGA